CCAGAUGGUAAAUAAACAUCAGAUGCACGUGUGAACAGGCAUUAAACAAUUUUUUUUUUUCAAAAUUUUUUUUCAGUGAAGCAAUCAGCUAUGAUUCUAAUGCAGUCCAUUCCAUCUCACGUGGAUGUUGAAAAUAUUACAAGCUUGUUAAAGGAGCAGUUUCCCAAUAUCAGUCUGCACGAUUUUCAUGUGUGGCAGUUGACGUCAAAUUUGACGAUAGCGACAGCGCACAUAAUUGUCACCGAUGAUGUUGACGAUUACAUGGCAAUAUCAGAGAGUCUUAAGGAGUUCUUCCACAAACGAGGAAUUCAUUCUACUACAAUUCAGCCAGAGUUUGUUCGGGAUAGCACUGAUAGUGCUCUGAUAGAGGCUAGCUGUGUUCUUGUGUGCAAGACAGAUGCAUGCGAUAGUCAACGAUGUUGCAAGCGUAAAUCAGAAGAUUCAAGUCAAGGCCAACGGAAAGCGUCUGCGGUAGCUGCUAGUCCAAAGGCCAAUGGUAUUGCAGAUAGUGCUAAUAAAAUCUUGGAGAACAAGCUUCAAUCGAGCACCUGGCAACCUGCAAUCCAAGAAGUAGAAGACGCAAUGAUUAUUUGUUAUAUAACUUCAGUGUGAUGAUAUCACUGUUCAUUGGCAUUCGUGACAGUAUUAUUAUGAAAAUUUUUUUCCAUGAAAG